AUGCAGUCCCUCCGCAGCAGCAGCCUGGCCACCAGGGCCUUCGCCCCGGCACAGACCGGCCGUCGGGCAGCAGUUGUGGUUCGCGUCAAGCCCACGGCAGCUGGCGACUACAGGGCCCUCUCUGCCGAGGAGCUCAUCCAGAAGGCGGCCUCCCUGAAGGCCGAGUACACCAAGCUGCAGUACCUGAAGCGGACGCGCGGGAAGGUCACCAACCCGGAGACCCUGCAGGACCAGGCCGAUGACGGCAUUGCCCCCAAGGGCCACGAGUUCAAGCACGCGCGGCGGCAGCUGUCGCAGGUGCUGACCGUGCUGCGGGAGAAGCAGAUCGCCGACGGCCUCAGCCGCAAGGACGCGCGCAAGAUCGAGAAGGAGGCGGCCGUGGCUGGCGGUUUCGGCCGCUUCUGA